GUGCUCGAGGUCGCCGACGCGCCGUGCAUGCGCGCUGACGUGAGCGUCUCCGUUGAGCCCCGGCUCCGCCGCGUCAGGGGCUUGCCCCCCGAAGCUGCCCGGCCCGAUUGCCCCGGAUUCCCCUUUCAGGGCGAAGCUUCCAGGCACCAUGGUCCAUGCCUUCCUGAUCCAUACACUGGGUGCCCAGGCCACCGGGGAUGGUGCGUUGUGCCGAGUGUUGUACUCUCGAGUGUUUGGGUCAGAGAGAUCACCAGGUGACCCCCGGCCUCACGGUCCAGAGAGGGACAGGCUGCUCAGGAAGGAGCAGCUGUUGGCCGUGGCCAGACAGGCAGAGUCAGCAUGUAAGCUGCUGCAGCAGGCAUCAGGCCGGCCUCCCAUGGAUCUCCUCCCCCAGUCCUCUGAUGAGCCCAUCCCUCUGCAUGAUGCCCCCUCUGGGGUCUUCCGCCUUCAGCCUGGGGACCCGUUCCAGGACGCCAAGGUUGCCGUGUGGCUUGGGGUCCUGUCCCUGGGUUGUGUCUUGGUUUGUGAACCUCAUGAGAAUCUGCUGCUGGCUGAGAGCACCCUACGCCUGCUCACCCGCCUCCUCCUGCACCACCUGAAGCUGCUGUCCUCAGGCAGUGACAUCCUCCUCAGAGUGGACCGCAUCGAGAUCAUCCUCAACCACUUCCUUCCGCAGGGCCAGCUGCUCUUCCUCAAUGACCAGUUUGUUCAGGAGGGAGCUGAUGCUUACAAAGGUGGACCAGCUUGCCCAGAUUCAGAAUUAGUGCCUAGCAGAGAUGAACCCAAGCUGAGCUGCUCUGGCCCCCAGUGCCGCAUUCCUUCUGACCCUUGCCCGGCUUCCUCUCCUGAGCCAGCGGCCUGGACUUUCUGGUAGUGAUCGUGAGCCGAGUUUGGUGUCUGCCUCGUUGCACUCUUGAAGGGAAGGAAGGAGUGGCUUUAGCUUCCAUAACUGCUGAGUUGGCAGAAACGUGAUUUUAAGUGCAGGCAGAGGGCUGCCCUUCAGACUAAGGGGGAGAAGAGCCCCUGAAGAGACAACAAGAAGGACAAAGGUCCCUCCCUGCAGAGGAACGGGGCCAAGGACCUGGGGCGAUUGUUCCACACUUGCCAACCUGGCAGGUAUAGACUCCAUAGGCCACAGGACAGCCUUGGGCACCUGGAGCUUUCCUAGUAGUAGGAUCUAUUCAAAUGUAAAGGCCUGUGAUUUCAUGUGUGUGGGUGCAUCCCCUACCCCCCCAGACCACAGCUCUCUAGACACUAUAAGGGUCUUGGGGGGCAGUGGCCAAAGCAUGUGUCUGUGUGUAGCCAGUCCAAUGAGGAUCGUUGCUAAAUUUAGCCCCAGCAGGUCCUCAGAGACAGUCCAGAGCUGAGCUCCUGGAUGGCGGCUUUCCAGCCUGUCGGAUCCUGCCAGCAUUUGGCCUCCCCUGGCCAGCCUGGCCUUCUGGGAUGCAGGGUCCACUCCACUCCACAUUGGCAACAGGCCCAAGAAGAGACUGUGGAGACUGGGCUGGGGGGCCCAAGAUGCCCUCAUGAUUGAAAUGAACUACAGUGUCUGCUCAGCAUUUUGUCCCAAACUGCUCCGAUGCCACCAGCCUCCUGGGACUUUGGAUCUUUAGGCAACUAAUAAGUGCUUUUUGAUUGUGCCAGGUUCCAUGCCAGGCACUGGGGCUCCUCUGAGGAGGAAAAACCUGUGCAUUGAUGUGUCUGUAAGGCAGGAGGGCCUUUAUAGCAAGAAGUCCCGAGGAGCCGGAAAAGCCUCCAGCAGGGGUGAACGAAUUUAUUUAGCUCGCACUUACUGUGUUGGAGGCCUUUACUCUGUGAGUAGCCAAGCUACAAAUGCAGAAACAAAGCUGUGUCUGGGACAGUGGCAGAAGGAAUUUGAUAAUAGUUCAUGGCUCCAGAACUGCAGAGGAUCAGGGAAGGAAGAACAUAUUCACGAGAUGAGGAAAUGAGAGCAGGAAGUGAGGUACAGCCAGGCUGGGGCUAUUCCUGAAAAGCUCUUCUGGGCUCUGAAUCGGGGCUGGAGAUCCCAAGUGGUGGAGGUGAGGAAGGGGGCACAUUCCAGGCCUGAGGGGCCGCUUGUUCAAAGGUCCGGAGAGGGGAGAUGAAUUUUGUGUGCCAGCUAAGGAGGGUGGCAAGGGGAGCUGAGUGUCGGAAGCCUGAUGAGGUAGGCUGCUCUGUGCUGGGCUUCUCUCAGGCCAAUCGCUCCUCUCCAUUCAUCGCUCGAUGUCCCUGGCUCUCUGAUGACCUCUUCCCUCUGCCAGUGAUUCCCAGAUCUCUAUGUACAGCCCCAGCUGCAUGUUCCCCAUGUGGCCUUCAAGUGCAUGGGUGGCCUUGAGGUAUCUCCAGUACAGAAUGUCCAGAACAGAGCCCAUUUAUUAGAUCUCAAACCCUGCCUUUUCUUUAUUUGGGUGGGGUGGAUGGAGCACUGGACUGGGCUUCAGAAACAGUUGAAUCCUGGCUCAAACCCUUACUUAGCUAUGUGACCUUGGCCGGGUCACUUCACUUCCCUCAGUUUCCCCAUCACCACCUCCAGUCCAUAGCCAAAUCUCUUGCAUGUUUCUUUUUCUCCCCCCCCCCCAGCCCCUAAUUCAGUCCCUCAUUACUCUGGUCUGAACUGUUGCACUCGCCUCCUAAUUGGUC